AUGAAUGCCAUCAGUCGUCUUAUCCUUUCUUUCGCGCUGUUCGCCUACCCAGUGUUCAUGUAUGAAUUGACAUAUUCUUCGAAUUCUUCCAUUCUAUUUGAUGUUGGGGCGUCCUACGUUUCAAUUAAGUUGGAUAUAGAAUUGAAAUCAGCGUGUCAGACAGGCUUGCAGUGUGCGAGCGCGAAUCCCAAAAUUUCGCUGCUGGCGCUUGCCCUCGAUCAUCCUAUAACCUGCGAAGGUGACAAAGACUCAUGCUCCGCACUUAUAAAUGAUCGCAAUGAAGAAAUCGGCACUUUCUGGAGAUGCAUGGUUGAAGACCCAGAGCACAGGCAAAGUGCAGUAGCAGGCAUGUGUGUAGCUCUAUCGGCGAGUCCAGCGGCUAACACCGCGCUGGGGUGGCCCCCGACGUCUCUACAAGCACGAGCAACCACAAUCGCGCACAAAGCAACUUCACAUGCUUUCACUGCCGAGAUGCCGUUUAUGGCUACCGCAUCUAGUACGAGCUUCCCCCAAAAAACCGCGAAUCCAUCUAUGUGGCCUGGCGAGUCAUGGACAACCUUGUUUACGGAACCUUUGGACCGCACUUCCUUAUACACAGCUGGUACAGGGAAUUUUCGGUGGACUGCGGGGAUGGGGCCGUGGAUUAAUCGUACGAGCAGUAGCCUCCCGCCGUACGCCACUGGGCAUUUGAAUCACACCUCUAGACUGUCGCUAUCACAGGCACAUCCAACAACAACGGUGAAAACGGAGGUCUCCGGGUCUAGUAUGGGUUUGGCAACCCUUUCAGAAGAACAGCCCACUGCAUUUACUAGCCUAAAGCCCACCAAAGACGCAUCUCGUACUAGUGCGGCGACUAGAGCCAACAGGUCAAGCAUGCUGGCCGUUCUACUCGUUAUGGCCCUAGUCCUGUGCUGCUCUAAGCGCUGA